AUGGUGUGGGAUGGCAUUUCUUUAGAGGGCUGCACAGGCCUCCAGUGGCUCACCAGAGGUAGCAUGAUCCUCAGACCCCUUGUCAGACCAUAUGCUGGUGCUAUUGACCCUGGGUUUGGAGUGUGUCAGCGGUUCCUGCAAGAUGAAGGCAUUCAAGCUAUGGACUGGCCCGUCCCUUCCCUAAACCUGAAUCUGACUGAGCACAUCUGGGACAUCAUGUCUCGAUCAAUCCACAUUACAGUCUGUAAUGUUGCACCACAGACUGUUCAGGAGUUGGUUGAUGCUUUAGUCCAGGUCUGGGAGGAUAAUUCUCAUGAAACCAUUCGCCACCUCAUCAGGAGCAUGCCCAGAGGAUGGAACCCAGCCCAGCACCCCUUCAAUGACCACAUCAGUGUCUGUACGAUGCAGAUCAUUAGUGGUUUCAUAACCAACACAAAGGCCAUAUCUGUGUCACUCUGUGACUUCAGCAAAGCUCCGUCAAAUAUUGUUCACCUUAACAAAUCUCUGCCUCUGGCCUUUUUUGCUGCUCGCUCUCGAGAUGGCUUUUAUUCUCGUUUGGACCGACUGACGCAUAUCGGUGUGAGAGUGGACCGAGAUGAUGACAGGUCCCAAGCUGGAACCAUUACCGAGGAGUGUCAGGCACAACACAGCCCACCAUCAUCAGUUCCUUCUGAGGAAGGCUCUGAGGCUUCUGAACAGGACGACGACCCAGACCCAGAGCAACCUGAGCCUGAAGAUGUGUCCAGCACUGCCUUUGCACCUUCAAAAGGGCCCAGUGAUAUUUCAACAUCGAGAAAAGAGGUACCAGUUCAGCCACAUUUGAGUAAAUACCCCAAGACUCUCCAUGGCACCAGCAAGAGGGCCUUCAAUAGCAAGUGGUACACGAACAAUUCAUGGCUUGAGUAUUCAGUGUCAAAAAACUCUUGCUACUGCUUUGCUUGCAGGCAUUUUUCGUUGCCCAAUGCGCCUGACUCUGCCUUCACAUCUGAUGUAGGCUUUUCAAAUUGGAAAAAGGCACUGUCAAAAGAGGCAGGAUUUAAACUCCAUUCUAGAUCUGAGCUUCAUAUUAACGCAAUGUAUGCAUGGUCUGAGUUCAAAAAGAGGAAAGAAGUAGAUCAGACUUUGUUAAAUGCGCUAAAUGAAAAGCACAAAAAAAGGUACAAGAAAACAGGCAGUACAUCAAAACAAUUGCAGAAGUACUCCUUUUGACUGCCACCCAAAACAUACCCCAAAGGGGUCAUGAAGAGUC